UUUAACGCUAAGAUCUAACAUAGUCGUGGAAUAAUUCAGUAAUUCACGCAUUUUAACACAUAUUGAGACUUAACAGAAUAGAUAUAUUAGGUUAAAAAUCAAGUAUUGUGUGUGUUUUAAAUGGGCUUGGGGAUGUACUAUUGCUGUCUAUAUAUAGUUCACCUGGAUAAGUGUUACUGAAAUGUGCGUUUUAUAACUUAAUGACGGUUGCAAAAAAGAAACGUGUUUAGAUCUACUGAAUAUGUCUAUUUGCAGUAUACUUUAUUUCAAAAAAAUGGAUGUGAAUUUGUGAUAAACGUUUAAAAAGCCGUGUAGAGUGCUAUUUUUCCACUUUCCAAGUUUGCCUGUUGUGUUCCUGUGAUGCACAAGACAAACGUUACUGCAUUGUGUGUUUUUAUGUUGAAGCAAACUAUAAAGAGCGAAAUGUUUGUGCUUAUCGCCCUUUAAUUUUUUUUUUGUCUUAGUAAAAGUUCUAAGAUUUCACGGCAGUUUCCGUUUUGCGUUGUUGUCCCGUUUAAUCAUGGCAUUCAUAACUCGUUUCACACCUCAAACAAUUAUUCUAAGAGCAAUUAGAGGAGGAAAGACCCCAUUCAAACAAAGCGUCUUCUGCCUGCCACAGCCUUUAUUGAUGACCCAUGUUUUCCGGACUCGGAUUUCUUUGGUAUCACAUCGAGAACACUCAGGGACGACACUUUCAGAUCACAACAGUUACUUGGCUCGAACACACACCUGUGGUGAACUGCGUUCUGAACACAUUGGGCAUGUUGUCACGCUGUGCGGAUGGAUACAAUACCAGAGGCAUAACCAGUUUAUAAUACUGAGAGACUUUGAUGGCCUGACACAGGUUAUUCUUCAACAGAAUGAGUCAACAGAACAGAUGAAAAAAACUCUUUGUGACCUUCCCCUGGAGUCCGUUGUGAAGGUGACGGGUAAAGUCAUUAAGCGGCCAUUAGGACAAGAGAACAUGGAGAUGCCAACUGGAGAAAUAGAAGUGGUUGUUCAAGAGGUGGAUGUUCUGAAUAAAUGCAAAAAGCUGCCCUUUGAGAUCAAAGAUUUUGUGAAGAAGGCAGAGACACUGCGAUUGCAGUAUCGCUAUUUAGACAUGCGCAGUACUCAGAUGCAAUAUAAUCUGCGAUUGAGAUCAAGCAUGGUGAUGAAAAUGAGAGAAUUUCUAUGUAACAAACAUGGAUUUGUGGAUGUAGAAACGCCCACUUUGUUUAAAAGAACUCCAGGGGGAGCUAAAGAAUUUGUGGUUCCAUCCAGAGAGCCUGGAAAAUUUUACACCCUUCCCCAGAGUCCACAGCAGUUCAAACAACUUCUCAUGGUAGCAGGGAUUGAUAGAUAUUUCCAAGUGGCCAGAUGUUACAGGGAUGAGGGAUCAAAGCCUGACAGACAGCCAGAAUUCACUCAGAUGGAUAUUGAAAUGUCUUUUGUGGAUCAACAAGGCAUCCAGAGGUUGAUUGAAGGACUUAUACAGUACUCUUGGCCAAAAGACAAAGGCAUCAUCAGCAUUCCUUUCCCAACCAUGACAUAUGCUGAAGCUAUGGACAGCUAUGGUGUCGACAAACCAGAUACUAGGUUUGGAAUGCAGAUUGUUGACCUUCAAGACUGUUUCAGAGACACCAAUAUUAAGUUUAUUAAAGAUGCAUUGAGUGAUUUGAAUGGAUCUGUUAGAGGUAUAUGUGUACGUGAGGGAUUGGAAUACUUUAAAAGUAAAGAUGUCGCUUUCCUGCAAAAAACAAAGAUGGAUUUUAAUCAGGAAGUGAGUGUAGUAUUCCUAAAAUUAGAUGGAUCUUGGAAAUCUCCACUUAACAAGCAUCUUACAGAGGAUCAAAGAGAAAAGAUCUGCCAAACGAUGCGUGCCAAACCAGGAGAUGUCUUAAUCCUUGCAGCAGGAAAGCAUGAAAUCACAUGCGCUGCUCUUGGGAAGCUGAGACUCCAGUGUGCUGAUCUUCUGGAGUCGAAAGGAAUGGCAGUAAGGAAUCCUAACACCUUCCACUUCUUGUGGGUUCUGGACUUUCCCCUUUUUCUUCCUAAAGAUGAACACCCAAGCCAGCUGGAGUCAGCUCAUCAUCCCUUCACUGCACCCCAUCCCCAGGAUAGUCAUCUAAUCUAUACUGAUCCUGGAAAGGUUCGAAGCCAACACUAUGACUUGGUUCUAAAUGGAUGUGAAAUUGGUGGGGGAUCUAUACGAAUACACAAUGCUGAAAUGCAAAAAUACAUCUUGCAAAUGAUACUGAAUGAGGAUAUCAAAUUACUUUCUCACCUCAUUGAAGCUCUAGAUUGUGGAGCUCCACCUCAUGGUGGAAUUGCAUUGGGUUUGGACAGACUUAUCUCAAUCAUUGUUGGUUCUUCAAGUAUACGGGAUGUGAUAGCUUUUCCAAAAUCUUUCCGUGGGCGUUGUCUUAUGAGCAAUGCCCCAGACUGUAUCAGUGAGGAAGACUUAAAACGUUACCAUAUUAAUGUUGCAUGGUCAAAUGUCAAGAAAGACGAUAGAAUGGAAGAACAUUUGAGCCCUCCUACGUGUGAAGCACAAUCCUGCAAUAAGAUGACAUAGUUAACAUGGACAGCAAGACCUUGAUAACUUCCAACAGCAAGUCCAAAAACAAAUCUAUAUUUAAUCCAUUUUCCUUGUCAUUUUAACAAAAAUAUAUGUAUGUGUAUGUAUAUAUUGUAUAAAUGUAUAUAUGGUGUGUGUUGGAUGCCUUUUUUAUAUUUCUGAACCUGAUGUAAUGAUUCACUGCAGUGUAGUAAAUAAAAUAUUUGAUUAUGUAAAUAAUUUAAGAAUAAAUUGAGCAUAUUAAAUGAUGCCAAACUUUUUAUAAAUUGUAUGAACUCAUUUAACAAUAUUGCUUAAUACUUUUUGGUUCCUAAAUGAUAUUUCAGAAUGUCGCAAGCAUUUCAAAAAAAGUACAACAAAUGAAGAUUAUUCUUAAUAUUGUAUUAGGUUUGAAUUUCUAACUGAGUUGGGAACUGCAAAUGGACCUCUAGUUGUAAUUUUGAAGGAUGCAUUUUUAUCAAUGGUUGGUAGCCCUUAAAGGCCUGUUGUCUCAUUUUACAGCAGUUAUAUAAAAUAUUUGACUUUUUAGACAUUUUUGCAUUUGCUUUAAUAUUAAAAU